UAAUCAGGGGCGGAUCUGGCUAUAGGCCAGGCAGGGCCUAGGCCCAACCUCAAAAAAAAUAAAAUUACUAGUAUAUAUAAGUAUUAUAUUAUAUAUAUUGUUGUUAAGUAAUGAUAUAAUUACAAAAGAAGUCAAUAUAUAUAAAUCGUGCCAAGUCAAACUAUUUUUUUGCAAUAUACGUUAUUUAAUUAAGGAUGUUUUUACUUGGACUGUAAUUUGUCCCAGCCCAGAUCAGACCAGACCAAACCAUAUCAGACAAGAGCAGACGAGACUUGGAUAGUUAUAAAAAUACAAAGAAACCAGACCAGGCCAGUUCAGACCAUACCAGACCAGGCUAGCAAAUUACAAUCCAAGUAAAAACAUCCUAGAUUUUGGCCCCACCUGAAUGGCAACGCUAGAUCCGCCCCUGCAUGUAAUAGCUGAAGCCAGGAAAAAUGGGAUUAGGCUGAUACUCGCUUUGGUAAAUAAUCUCAAAGCAUACGGUGGGAAGACUCAGUAUGUUAAAUGGGCAUGGGAAGAAGGUCUUGCUUUAAGCUCUUCCAACGAUUCAUUCUUUUACGAUCCAAUCAUCCGUGGUUACUUCAAGAACUAUGUCAAGACAAUGCUUACUAGGAAAAACACAGUUACUGGAAUUAAAUACAGGGAUGAUCCAACCAUCUUUGCGUGGGAAUUAAUUAAUGAACCUAGGUGCAUGACUGAUCCGUCUGGUGACACCUUU